CUGACUGAAAUUCACACCCAUUUUCUUUCACUUCAUAAACAGGCAUACUUUUGCGACAAACAACGUGAAAACCUCCUUCAGUCUCCACCUCUUGAAGUGGCCUCUCUCCAUCCUCACCCUGGGUACAACAACACAGACGGGUUAUCCUUCAACCACGACAUUGCCUUGAUCAAGCUCCAACACCCACUCACAUUCAGUAGUUCCAUCAUGCGAGUGUGUCUGCCUGAAAAGGGUGCUGAAUACUCCACUGGAAGAGUUGGCUGGGUUUCAGGUUUUGGCCUCAAAGAUGAUGAUGAAAUGCCCAGUAACCUCAGAUAUGUCCGGAUUCCCCUGGUGGACCAGGUGAAGUGCAGAAGCUCUAUUGAUGAGGCGAGGAAGAAGAAGAGAGAAGCCCCUGAUUUGACAGACGGCAUGUUCUGUGCCGGGUUACCAGAGGGUGGAAAGGACACCUGUGCAGGAGAUGGUGGAGGGCCGUAUGUCCUGAAGUAUGGGGGAGUUUUCUGGGCAGCAGGGAUCGCCAGCUGGGGAAUUGACUGUGGAGAGCCAGGCCAAUAUGGGGUCUACACCCGCGUAGCUAACUACGUAGACUGGAUCAAGAAGACCAUGGAGAAUUGAAAUUAUGGCUGAAAAAUUAUGCAAGAAAUGUUUGAAUUUGUCGAGGAUAGUAGCAAAUAUAAAAAAUAAACAUUAGAUAUGUUUUUUAUUGAA